AUGUCAGGGUUCCAUAUGUGGUUAUGGGCAAUGUUAUACCACAUUGUCAUUAGGGCAGGAAAAACAAGUAAAUCUCUACAUGGAUUUGUUGGUUUGUCUAUGCAGAUGCCUGGUAGACGGAAGGAACCACCGUUGCAUUUGGAUAUGUUCCAAAAUGGGAAAUAA